GAUACAUUACAUGUUUACAAUUUUAGGCAUUACUCAAAAAUUAUGUGGUGGGAAAGGAUGGAAUUUUGUUGUCGAAAUAUUUGAAGGAACGAACCUGCUGGGAUCGUCAACGAGAAUGAAGAUGCCCUUCUUAAGAAAGUACUUCGUAAAGAAGAAAGAAAAGGGAGGCAAAGAACGGCUACAAGGCAAAUACAAGAAGCGUGAAAACACAACUGAAAUUCUUGAGGAACGCUUGAAGAGAUGUGCAUCAACACCUUGCUUCCAGUCAGUACUCUCAGAAACAGAUAUUUCAGAAUCCUUCAUCAUGGACUGUGCUAGCACUGAUAAUGCUGGUAUUGUAAUGGUUGCUCAUGACAGCAAUCCAAAUAGAACACACAGUUCUCACCUGCACCCUGAUUUACCAGAUGCUGGAGAAAGAUUGUCACAAUCCAGUUUUGAAAACAGUAGAAACAAUAAUAUGGGUGAUAUUUUAGAAGUAGUACAAAGACUACAGAUGACUGCAGAGUCAUGUCAGACUUGUACUACUGACAAAACACCCCCAGAGGCUACAAAAUCGGGAUACCGACACCCACCUCCAUAUCCUGAGCAAAUGGAACACUCUAUGAGCCCUUUGGAUAAGUAUCGACAUCCUCCUCCUUAUAGAGAGCCUGUGGACACCAUGUCAAAGUUUGAUGGAGCUAGUUUCUACUCCCACAGGGCAGGAAAAAUGGCUGGUGAUUACAGUGCAUUCUAUAAUCUUGAGGAAUCAAACUACAGACAUCCUCCAUCUUACAGUCAUUUCAGGGCACUCCCUGGGCCUUCGGGAGAUAGUGUUUCUCUGGACAGUAGAUUAGCUAAUGGACCUCCUAAGCUUAAAGUGGACAAGAAAGUCAUGAGUGAAUCAAAUUUGAGUCCUGCUGGUUACAGUUAUGCACAGAAUGCACCGAAGAAUGUUUCAAAUUUGUAUGGUAACAAAGGACUGUACAAUGCAUAUGGUGGAAAGCCAUUCUCAAAUGCUCAAGAUUCAAUCAGUUAUGAUCUGUCUUAUGGUGAGCCUUACAUGUCAGAAGCUGCAUCCCAAAGGUUUGGAUUCUAUGCAAAUCAGGGUGCUGCAUCCACAAACAAUGGGUUUAGUGAAAAUGGAAGUGAGUUGUUUACUUAUGGAGAAAAUGGUUCUACAUUUUCUGGCAGAGGCCAGGGAAUCUAUACAUCACAGGCUGAAUCUGUGGCAAAACCACAAGGACCUGUCACCAUGCAGCAAGGGAGAUUUGGUGAGAAGUUCUUCCCCUCUGGCAACAUGAAUGACAAAAAGAAUUUAGUGUUUAAUGGCAGUCAACUCAACGAAUUAGAUCUGUCUCUUCCUCCUGGGUUCCAAGUGUCAUGGACUCCAGAUGGGAGAAAAUAUUACAUAGAUCACAACACAGAAACAACAGAUUGGUGUCACCCACUUGAGAAAGCAGGUUUACCAGAUGGCUGGGAAAAAAUUGAAUCUCCUAACUUUGGAGUCUAUUACGUCAACCAUAACACAAAGAUAACACAGUAUGAACAUCCAGUGAAAACGCAGUUCAUCCAACACCAACAGCAGCAGGAGAGGAGAGUGUCAGAUGGAGGACGUCCAGAAUCACAAGCCAUUCCUGCACAGAAUCCCUUAGUGCCAGCAAAUCCAUAUAUCAGUGAAGAAAUACCUGAAUGGCUGCAAAUUUAUGCAAAGGCUAGCCCAGAUUAUGACUGUUUUCUAAAGUGGGAUUUGUUCCGUUACGCGGAGCUUGAUUGUUGGCAGACGAUGCUGAAACGAUUGUACAAAAAAGAAGUGGAACAGGUUGUGAUGAGGCACGAGGAGUACAGACAGGCCCUGCAGAGAGAGUAUGAACGUAAGCAGAAGAUUGAAGAGGACAAAAGAUUGAGCGAUCAAGCUCUGGCGGAUCUGGAUGAGUUAGAUAAAGAACUUGCCAAGUACUGAGAGAACCAAACAUUUUUUUUCCCUCUCCGUAACGGGAGUCAGGCGCGGGAAAACACCCGUGACUAAGUGGUGGUCAAGGUUGCGGUUGCAUCAUAUCGCUUGAAAAUGUGGAACAUUGACGCUCAACCAGAGCAAGGCUUACAUCGGAUUGGUUGAUUAGGUGGUGUAGUUCUCCAUCAAGCCAAUCACAGUAAAGCAAAGUGUGGCGAUUGCGCAUUAGUAAUCUUCUAACAUCACCUAAAAAUAAUAAUAACAUCUCAAGAAACGGCACGGAUUAUACUGAUACGUAAUUCCGAUAUUCAAAGGUAAAAUCAUGUCAGGAAUAUUCAUUUGACUAGAGUGGUCGCUAAACAUCACAACCCCAAAUGUUUAACUGUCACAUAUAUGCACACUGUAGCAGAAAUGUUAGAAGAAAUUAAAAGCAAAUAUAGUAAAUUUACAUUCAAUAUUUUUCCUAGACUAGAAAGUCAUUAGCAUUUAUGAAUGAGUAAAACACAAAGAGGAGAGAGGUCCUUAAUUAGUUUACCUCGCCUCAAUUUUGUAAUGUACUGUAAUAAACCGUACUGUGACCUCGAAUAUAUUUAAGAAAUUAAAGUUAAUGGAUUUGUAGAGCUCAUUUCCUGGUUUAUGUUGAAUUUAUUAAAAAAAAGUUUUUU